CACCCCUCCUGUCUGCUGCCGGGUGGAGGAUGAGGCUGCAGCGGCCUCGGCUCGGGCAGCAGCACCGGCGGUGGCUGCGGUGGGGGUGGCCGGAACUCGGGUGGUGAAGGCACGGUGGCGGCGCCCGAAGCAGCGCCAGCCGCCCUGGCUUCUUCCAGGGCUUCCCUUCCUCCUGGGUGCAGCCAAGAAGUUUGCCGCCUGUGUACAUGUGUGCGCGUGAGUGUGGGUGUGUGAAGUGAGGCUCGGGUGGCGUUUCUGCAGGCGCCGGGUUUUUUGCCCACUUCGCUUCCCGUAAGCCAGGCAGCCUCGGCGCUUGGGCCGUGGCCCGAGGAGGGGGCGCGGCGGCGGGCUCUCUCCUUUUGUUGUUGUUUCCUCUGCCUGGAGAGCUGAAGGGGGGACGCGCCUGGGUGGGGCGGCUCGGAGCCCGGGCCUGCUGGCCCUCGGGGCUCCCGGGCGACAGGGAAGGUAGAGGAGAGCGGGCUUCAACAUGAUGGCGGCCGAGGCCGGUGGUGAGGAAGGCGGCCCGGUGGCUGGCGGGGCCGGAGGCAGCGCGGCCGCGGGCUCCAGCACCUAUCCGGCGGCGUGUCGGGUGAAGCUGCCUUCGGCCCUGCCCGUGGCAGCCGCCCUCUAUCCAGGGCCGGCGGACGCCGAGCUGGCCGGGGCCCUGGGUGGCGGAUCCGCGUUGGGCUCGGGGUUCCUGGGGACAGGGCCAGUGGCGGGGGUCCUGGGGGGCCCGGGGCUGCCGGGCGGUGCUGCUGCCGGCGGUGCUGCUGCCGCCGGACCUGCGGGAGACUCGGCAUUCAGCAAGGGGAGCCUUUCACUGCCUGCGGAGCCCCUCGGGCCGGGCGGCGGAUUCCCUCCUCUGCCGCCGCCUCCUCAGCUGCCCCCUUUGGGCGCGGGCCUGGGGACAGUGGAUGAAGGUGACUCCCUGGAUGGACCAGAAUACGAGGAGGAAGAGGUGGCCAUACCGCUGACUGCUCCUCCAACUAACCAGUGGUAUCAUGGAAAACUUGAUAGAACCAUUGCAGAAGAACGCCUCAGGCAGGCAGGGAAAUCUGGAAGCUACCUGAUAAGAGAGAGUGAUAGGAGGCCGGGGUCCUUUGUGCUUUCAUUUCUUAGCCAGACAAGUGUUGUCAACCAUUUUAGGAUUAUUGCUAUGUGUGGAGAUUACUACAUUGGUGGAAGGCGGUUUUCUUCACUUUCAGACCUAAUAGGUUAUUACAGUCACGUUUCUUGUUUACUUAAAGGAGAAAAAUUGCUCUAUCCAGUUGCACCACCAGAGCCAGUUGAAGAUAGAAGGCGUGUACGAGCCAUUCUGCCUUACACGAAAGUACCAGACACUGAUGAAAUAAGUUUCUUAAAAGGAGAUAUGUUCAUUGUUCACAAUGAGUUAGAAGAUGGAUGGAUGUGGGUUACAAAUCUAAGAACAGAUGAACAAGGCCUUAUUGUUGAAGACCUAGUAGAGGAGGUGGGCCGGGAAGAAGAUCCACAUGAAGGAAAAAUAUGGUUCCAUGGGAAGAUUUCCAAACAAGAAGCUUAUAAUUUAUUAAUGACAGUUGGCCAAGUGUGCAGUUUUCUUGUGAGGCCCUCAGAUAAUACUCCUGGUGAUUAUUCACUUUAUUUCCGAACCAAUGAAAAUAUUCAGCGAUUCAAAAUAUGCCCAACACCAAACAAUCAGUUUAUGAUGGGAGGCCGAUACUACAACAGUAUUGGGGACAUCAUAGAUCACUAUCGAAAAGAACAGAUUGUCGAAGGGUAUUAUCUUAAGGAACCUGUACCAAUGCAGGAUCAAGAACAAGUACUUAAUGAUACAGUGGAUGGGAAGGAAAUCUAUAAUACAAUUCGUCGUAAAACAAAGGAUGCUUUUUACAAAAAUAUUGUUAAGAAAGGUUAUCUUCUAAAGAAGGGCAAAGGAAAACGUUGGAAAAAUUUGUAUUUUAUCUUAGAGGGCAGUGAUGCCCAACUUAUUUAUUUUGAAAGUGAAAAACGAGCUACAAAACCAAAAGGAUUAAUAGAUCUCAGUGUGUGUUCUGUCUAUGUUGUUCAUGAUAGUCUCUUUGGCAGGCCAAACUGUUUUCAGAUAGUAGUUCAGCACUUUAGUGAAGAACAUUACAUCUUUUACUUUGCAGGAGAAACUCCAGAACAAGCAGAGGAUUGGAUGAAAGGUCUGCAAGCAUUUUGUAGUUUACGGAAAAGUAGCCCAGGGACAUCCAAUAAACGCCUUCGACAGGUCAGCAGCCUUGUUUUACAUAUUGAAGAAGCCCACAAACUCCCAGUAAAACAUUUUACUAAUCCAUAUUGUAACAUCUACCUGAAUAGUGUCCAAGUAGCAAAAACUCAUGCAAGGGAGGGACAAAACCCAGUAUGGUCAGAAGAGUUUGUCUUUGAUGAUCUUCCUCCUGACAUCAACAGAUUUGAAAUCACUCUUAGUAAUAAAACAAAGAAAAGCAAAGAUCCUGAUAUCUUAUUUAUGCGCUGCCAGUUGAGCCGGUUACAGAAAGGUCAUGCCACAGAUGAAUGGUUUCUUCUCAGCUCCCAUAUACCACUAAAAGGCAUUGAACCAGGAUCCCUGCGAGUUCGAGCACGAUAUUCUAUGGAAAAAAUCAUGCCAGAAGAAGAGUACAGUGAAUUUAAAGAGCUUAUACUGCAAAAGGAACUUCAUGUAGUCUAUGCUUUAUCACAUGUAUGUGGACAAGACAGAACACUACUGGCCAGCAUCCUACUGAGGAUUUUUCUUCAUGAAAAGCUUGAAUCAUUGUUGUUAUGUACACUAAAUGACAGAGAAAUAAGCAUGGAAGAUGAAGCCACGACCUUAUUUCGAGCCACAACACUUGCAAGUACCUUGAUGGAGCAGUAUAUGAAAGCCACUGCCACACAAUUUGUUCAUCAUGCUUUGAAAGACUCCAUUUUAAAGAUAAUGGAAAGCAAGCAGUCUUGUGAGUUAAGUCCAUCAAAGUUAGAAAAAAAUGAAGAUGUGAACACUAAUUUAGCACAUCUACUGAACAUACUCUCAGAGCUUGUGGAGAAAAUAUUCAUGGCUUCAGAAAUACUUCCACCGACACUGAGGUAUAUUUAUGGGUGUUUACAGAAAUCUGUUCAGCACAAGUGGCCUACAAAUAACACCAUGAGAACAAGAGUUGUUAGUGGAUUUGUUUUUCUUCGGCUUAUUUGUCCUGCCAUACUGAAUCCACGGAUGUUUAAUAUCAUCUCAGACUCUCCAUCUCCUAUUGCAGCAAGAACACUGAUAUUAGUGGCUAAGUCUGUGCAGAAUUUAGCAAAUCUUGUGGAAUUUGGAGCUAAGGAGCCUUAUAUGGAAGGUGUCAAUCCAUUUAUCAAAAGCAACAAACACCGGAUGAUCAUGUUUUUAGAUGAACUUGGGAAUGUACCCGAACUUCCGGACACUACAGAACAUUCUAGAACUGACUUGUCCCGUGAUUUAGCAGCACUGCAUGAGAUUUGUGUAGCUCAUUCAGAUGAACUGCGAACCCUCAGUAAUGAACGUGGUGCACAGCAGCAUGUGCUGAAAAAGCUUCUGGCUAUAACAGAACUGCUUCAACAAAAACAAAACCAGUAUACAAAAACCAAUGAUGUCAGGUAGCAGCCUUUGCCUUGGUGUUCUGCAUGGAUUCAGCAUACCCAACAUGGUAAUUCACAUCAGUAUAAUGUUUCCUUUGCUCUUGCCAAAAAAUAGCACACCUUUCCACAUUCCAGUGAUGUGUGAGCUAUGCAAACAAAACCCAAGAUUCUGCUGGCAAAUAACUGCCAGCAAAUUUGUAAGCUAUCUGUGCAGGAUAUUUGCACUUUUUCCAUAUGGAAUCUUUACCAAACUCUGAGCCUUGAUGUACAGAUCACCUUUCACAAAAAAUGAUGACUGUGUCUUGAACUUUGAAAAUAUAUUUUCAAUACAUCCAAUUGCCAAAGUUUUGCUGCCUCUUGGAAAAGAACUAUGGAAUCAACUGACAAGGAAAGCAUUCUCCAUUGACAACUGAGUUUAACUGGAUUGCAGACUGUUCCUCCUCAUUAAGAAUAUGACCAUUUGACUGUUCAAUGACUUUGUAUUACAGUUUCCAGAGUUUGACAUUAUAAUAGGAACAAUCUUUGCUGUAUACUUUUAAAAAAUACUGUGCUAUUCUCUUUCUGAAACUGUUGAAAGACAAUAUAUAGAAUGGAUGAAUCUAUUGCUCAUCAGCUUUAUUUUUUAAACAUACCACUUAUUUUGUUGGAAUUGUCAGACUGUAUUUAGAUCUCACAAUGCUUUUGUUAAAAUGUUUACAAUAGUAAAUAGUUUAAAUUCAAUAAAUAUUGGUCAUUUUACCAAUCAAUGCAUGUUACCCAUUCUACCAUUUUAUAUAUUACCAAUGUCUUUUAUGACUUAAA